UUGCGUAGAGCGUUAGGGAAUAUAACACCGACGUUAUUUAGAUCGAGAGUUUCAAGAACGUUUAGUAUUGAAACGAACGAGUUUUACGUUGAUGUUAGUCAGCUAGCUGGCUGGUUCAUUUAGCAGUAGCCUAACAGCUAAUAAUUGCGUGUUAACGUUUUACACCAUGACCUCAAUGAGCUACUCCCCUGAUAAAGAAGAGAAGGUCUUCUGGACGGAGAAAGUACCGCUUGUGAAAGAGGAGAAUGAAGAGGAGGCUGUUACAGUUAAAAAAGAAAUAGAAGGCGAGGCUGUUACAGUGAAGGAGAAAGAACUAAAAGUAGAACACGAACACGCCUUCAGAGUGAAGGAAGAGGAGAACGUUAUUCUGAAGGAAACGGACGUUGUUGUGAAAGAAGAAAACAAGGAGGAGAAAGAGGAAGCCGUUGUUGCAGUGAAGGAGGAGGGAGAGAUUACUGUCUCAUUGACAGAAGAGGAGGACCAAGAGAAAGAGGAGAAUGCAGGUUUUGAAGGGAAGGUGGGGGAGAUCACUGUCACAUUGACAGAAGAAAAAGAGGAGGAGAGUGAACAUCUGAUCGACAUCAGAGAUAGGCCGUACUCCUUGAAUCCGGGGCAGGAGACGUCCAAUCCAGUGAGACCCAAACAGUGCUCCCACUGUGGAAUGGGUUUCAGUCGGUUGCGCGACCUUAAAAGCCAUGAGAGAACACACAUUGGAGUGACCCCUCACCCCUGCUCUCAGUGUGGAAAGGCUUUCACCAAUUUUGGGAACCUCAAAAAUCAUGAGCGAAAACACACCGAAGAGAGGAAGUCCUUUCACUGCUGUCAGUGUGGAAAAGGGUUCACCCAGUUAGGAAGCCUGAAAACGCAUCAGAGGUUACACUCUGGAGAGACACCUUACCACUGCAACCAAUGCGGAAUGACAUUCACCUGGCUAGGGAGCCUGAAAUCACAUGAGAGGACACACACAGGACAAAAGCCCUACCAAUGUGACUUGUGUGGAAAGAGUUUUGCCCAUUUAGGAAACCUGUCUUCUCAUGAGAGAACUCACACAGGAUGGGAUAAGACGUAUCACUGCUCCCAAUGUGGGGAAAGCUUCAUCCGGUUGAGGCACCUGCGUAAGCACGAGAGGAUACAUGCACAGGAGGAGGUGUACCACUGCUCUCAUUGUGGAAAGAUAUUUUCCCGGUCAGAGGACCUGAAAUCACAUGAGAGAAUAGAGAAGCUAUGUUCUGACUUAAGUUUUUAACAAUUUUCUUUUUUUAAUGCAAAACAGUUAUGACUGUUUACUACACUGCUCAAAAAAAUUAAGGGAACACGUAAUCAUCACAUGUAUUUAGCAGUAACAUGAUGUCUCUGUAACAUUUUGAGAAAGCCAUUGAAAAUGUAAAGUUUUAAAUGCUUCUCUAAUAUGGUGUAGCUGCUUAACUGGGAAACCAAAGGCUGUGCAAUGUGUGACCCUUCCUUCUGAAGUAUACAUCAUUGAUUUGAAGCAUCUAGGUCAUUUAAUUAGACAGCUACUGAAAUGUUAAACUGUACAUUGUUUUAAUGUGUUCAUAGAAAAUACAUUUGUAUCUAUAUUAUCCAUAAAAAAGUUUAGCAAUCUA